AUGGUAGCUGCCACGUAUAUAGACGAGCAUGCUUACGGAUAUUCUUCUAAGUCAUGCAGAUCAAAGGCGAGCCUAAAGAAUCGGUCAAAAAUGACAUCCUUAAAUAUAGAGUUUGUAAAUAUUCUUAGGGGAAUGUAUUGCUGA